AAACUUGUGAGAGAUUUGGUGGUGCAAUUCAGAGACCAAAAAUCAUGGUGGUUUCUGGAGCUGGUGGAGGAGGAGGUUGGGGAAACACCAAAGCCCUCACCCUCCAAGUCCUCAAUGGAAGGUGGUUCAUGAUGUUUGCUUCUCUUUUGAUCAUGUCAGCUGCUGGAGCCACCUACAUGUUUGGCAUAUACUCCGCUGACAUCAAAUCUGUGCUUGGCUAUGACCAAACUACCCUCAAUCUCCUCAGCUUCUUCAAGGACCUGGGUGCCAAUGUUGGUAUCCUUUCUGGUCUUAUCAACGAGGUCACUCCCCCAUGGGUGGUCUUAUCAAUUGGUGCUGUGCUCAACUUUUUUGGGUACUUCAUGAUUUGGAUGGCUGUGACCAAAAAAAUUGCCAGGCCCCAAGUUUGGCAUAUGUGCCUUUACAUUUGUAUAGGUGCAAAUUCUCAGUCUUUUGCAAACACUGGCGCUCUGGUCACUUGUGUGAAAAAUUUCCCAGAAAGCCGUGGGGCUGUUUUGGGGACAAAGGAGGUUAACUCACCAAGGGAGAACGUGAGGGAGAUGAAAUUGUUUUGUCCUUUUUUUCACAACAUCAUGCUCACCCUAACCCUAUUGCUCUCUUGUGUUGGUCACCUUCUAAUUGCAUUCAAUGUCCCAAAUGGUCUCUAUGCAGCCUCCAUCAUAAUAGGGUUUUGUUUUGGUGCCCAGUGGCCUCUACUUUUUGCCAUAAUUUCUGAGCUCUUCGGCCUCAAAUACUACUCCACUUUGUACAAUUUUGGGUCAUCUGCUAGCCCAGUUGGGCUAUACUUGCUCAAUGUGAAGCUCACAGGUCAUCUAUAUGACAAAGAAGCCAAGAAGCAGCUAGCAGCUUUGGGACUUGUAAGAAAAGCAAAGGAGGAAUUGAAUUGUGCUGGUGGAGAGUGCUUCAAAUUGGCCUUCAUUGUGAUUGCCGCAGCCACAUUUUUUGGGACAUUGAUUUCACUCAUUUUGGUGAUCAGGACAAGAAAGUUUUACAAGAGUGAUAUAUACAAGAAGUUCAGAGAGGCAGCACAAGCUGCUGAGACUGAGAUGGCCAUGGCAGAUCAAAAUGGAGCCAAACCCAUUAGAAAUUAAUGGAAGAUCAAAAUAGAGAUUUGCAUGCCAUGAAGUUAGAGCUGUAUAGAUUUUAGAAAGAAAAUUAUAUUGACAUGUAUGAUUUUUAAUAUGGCAUUUUGUGUGAGAUUUCCUUGUUUUUUUUUUGGUUUGUUUACUUCAUUAAUAGCAAAAAGAUUAUACAGUUAGCUUUCUGAAUUUC